UAUAUAUAUGAAUGUCUCUGUGUACAAAUAUAUAUUACAUGCACACACAUACAAAAAAAUAAAAACCAAGAAAUGUCGCAGAACAAAGUUUGAUAAACUAAGGAAAUCCAAAAUAUUACCGUAGUUUUGAAGCUAAGACACUCACACCCACAUCGCCGGAGACGCUUCUUCAUACAUUCAAAGUGUUUGCAGACACUCCCGCAUAUAAUAUGGAGAAACAAAGUUACGUUCACGGCGAAAGAGAGAGAUCAUAUCAAUGGAGGAACGAAGACUUUGACUUCAGCCGCAACAGCAAUUGUAAGGAGGAGAAGCAGAAGAAGAAGAGAUUUAGCGAGGAACAGAUAAAAUGGCUAAAGGAGAUAUUCGAGAAGGAGAAGAAGCUGGACCCGAGGAGGAAAAUGGAGGUGGCUCGGCAGUUAAGGCUCGAACCCAAACAAGUGGCUAUAUGGUUCCAGAACAAGCGAGCCAGCUCCAAGUCCAAACAGCUUCAGACUGAUUUCGCUACCCUUCGAGUCCACUACGAUUGCUUGGCUCGCGACUUCCAGAAAUCCCUGGAAGAGAAACAUCAUUUGCUCUCACAGGUGCAGAAACUGAGAGCACAGACGUCAGAAAAACAGCGAGUGAAAUCUCUUGACCAAGACUCUGAGGUAGACCGGGAGAUUGAUAACCGGGAUCAUGGGAACCGGGCCGGAAUCGAACCCGAUGGAAAGGUCGGUUCGUCGGGCGAGAGCACGAAGACGGCAGAGUUCGGAUCUACGGGAAGUGAAGACCUUCUUUUCAAGUCAGAGGUUUACUCAUGGGCUCUGUCUGAUAAAUGGGCCGAGCUUCUCGAGUGCUUGGGCUUCUAG